CACAACGAUACAUUGGAGCGGUUGAGUAGGAGUAAGUUGUGACUCCAGAUUUGCCCGUGACGUAUAUCAUUGCAGGCGAAAGAUGAAAGGGCAGGAUAUCUCCUCAGCAAUGCUGAUACUGAGCCUACUAUCGAUCAUACUGGGACUACAUGUCAGAGGUGAUCCAAUCUGUCCACCGGGAACAUACGGAGACGCUUGUGCCAAAAACUGUUCUACGCGAUGUAGAGUAUAUUCUGGUACGAACCGUAUUUACUGUGACAAGACCAGUGGACGUUGUGCGGAAGGAUGUAUUCAAGGCUGGUAUGACGACAAGUGCAACAGACAGUGCAGCAAGAACUGCAUCAACAACAUCUGCAAUCAGCAAGCUGGAGAGUGCACAAGGGGAUGCACAGAUGGCAAAAAAGGAACGUUUUGUGAAAUUCCAGCUACGGAGGAACCACACACAGGAAAGGCACAGGAGAUCUCAGCAGCAAAGUGGGCAGGACUUGGUACUGGUUUUGCUGCCAGUGUGCUUGUAUUCAUCCUAUUACUAAUAGGCGCAUUGUAUAUAUGUCGACAGAAAAUAUGUAAGUGUGACUUUAACAUACAUUUUAUUUCAUUUUCUACUUAGACUGAAGAUAUAGCGUGACGUGUAAUGUGAUUGCUUAAAUAAUAUAUCCUUUUACCUGGCGGCUAAACUACUUUUCGUUUAUUCCAAAACCCUAGAAAAAAACAGGUAAUCACCACGUUAAAACACAUAAUAAAGUCUCCUAUUCACACUUACGCAAAUAAGUGAGAAUAAUGAUGGAUAAGAAUAGAUAUGAAGGACAAAUAUUCCUCCUUUGUUUACACCGUCAAAAGAUAUAGACAAGACAUUCCAAGAUUAUUUCUCAUAGCUAGGCCAAACAAUAAUCGUAAUACUGUUUUCGGGACUCUUUAAUGUUGAAACUUUGAACAACCAAAUUUCAAUCAAGAAAAUGAAACAAUGUAACGAUGAAUCUAUGAAACGUAAACCUCAGAUAACCGGUCUUGAGGCAAACUAGUGGCGAUAACUAUAUGAAUGGACCACUGAAAUUCAGACGACACCCUAUAUUUGUAAAAAGGGUAAGCAUGUGUUCCUGUCCCAGUGGUAGCAAUGUGUGUUGUCUGGCGCUGUACAGCAAUAUUCGCGUCAUGCGUCGGCGGCAUAAAAAGACAAUCAUGUUAUGGACAGACCAAACUAGACAAUAUGUCACACACACGGGUCAACACGUGACCCAGGUCCAAUUAACCCGUGUCACAACUGCAGAGCAGGACAGGUUCAUAUGAUAGAUCUACCAUGGUCACCUCUACAGCUGCAGCAAUGAUAGGGAUGGCGAAGGAUUUCAGCCCAGACAGUGAGGAACUGUCUGCACGCUGCAUGCAUCCGCCCGACACAGUCAUUCUAACUGAUGAGCAUCAUCGGCUGUGAUUUCAAUGGUUUCAAGAACACAGAGUAUGGCAAUAACACCGAUGGAGACGUGCUCGGUUUAGUGACGAGUCACGUUUUUUGCUUCACUGUACAGACGGCAGACGCCGUGUUUACAGAGGUCGUGGGGAACGUUAUGCUCGAAACUGCAGUGGAAGGUUUGGUUGCGAAAGAGUAAUGAUGUGUGACGCCAUCUCCCAUACCUGUAGAACAGAUUUGGUAGACAUCCAGGGCAAUGUAACAGAGGAUCGGGUGUUCGGGGUCGCUGACUUGGUUAACACAUGUCAUCGCAUCUUAAUUCCGUAGAUCGAUGCA